CUGGCAUGGCCUCUCCUCUCAACACCCUUAACGUAAUCACACCCGGGAAGUAAGGUGCAUUCACAGUUUCUGGGGAUUAGGGUGUGGUGGCCUUUGGGGACCAUUGUUCUGCCCACCGCAAGUGCAUGAAAGAAGAGCUUCCAGGUGGGUUCCACCGGAGUCUGAAGAUGAGCAGUUGGUGUUCCGCUCCCCUGCCUCUUCCCCCACACAUCAGGACGAUGUCUGGAGAAUUGCCGCCAAACAUCGACAUCAGAGAGCCUCGCUGGGAUCAAAGCAGCUUUUCCGGACGAGCCAAUCAUUUCUUCACCGUAACUGACCCUAGGAAUAUUCUGCUAACAAACGAACAACUAGAGGAUGCGAGAAAAACAGUACAUGAUUACAGGCAAGGAAUUGUUCCUCCAGGUCUUACGGAAAAUGAAUUAUGGAGAGCAAAGUACAUCUACGAUUCAGCUUUUCAUCCUGAUACCGGUGAAAAGAUGAUUUUGAUAGGAAGAAUGUCAGCUCAGGUGCCAAUGAACAUGACCAUCACAGGUUGCAUGAUGACAUUUUAUAGGACGGCUCCGGCGGUGGUGUUCUGGCAGUGGAUCAACCAGUCCUUCAAUGCGGUGGUCAACUACACCAACAGGAGUGGAGACGCCCCCCUCACCGUGAAGUACCACGUCUCACCACUGAUAGGACGUUUUGUUCCCUUUGCUGCCGUAGCUGCUGCUAAUUGCAUUAAUAUUCCACUAAUGAGGCAAAGGGAGCUCAGAGUUGGCAUUCCGGUCACGGACGAAAACGGGAACCGAUUGGGGGAAUCGGCCAACGCUGCGCAGCAAGCCAUUGCUCAGGUGGUGGUCUCCAGGAUCCUCAUGGCAGCCCCGGGCAUGGCCAUCCCUCCGUUUCUUAUGAACACUCUGGAAAAGAAAGCUUUUUUGAAGAGGUUCCCGUGGAUGAGUGCGCCUAUUCAAGUUGGAUUGGUUGGCUUCUGUUUGGUGUUUGCUACGCCCCUGUGUUGUGCUCUGUUUCCUCAGAAAAGUUCCAUGUCUGUGACAAGCCUGGAGGCUGAGCUGCAAGCUAAGAUCCGGGAGGCUCACCCCGAACUGCGUCGCGUGUACUUCAACAAGGGGUUGUAAAGGCGAAGGGAACCUCUGCGGCCGCCCCUGCCGUCUGCAAGCCUGGUGUCGCCGUACAGGGAGGAUGGUCCUGUCCCACCUGGCUUCUCCCAGUGACAGAUACCUUUUAAAGAUCCACAUCGGCCUUUUAGAAUAAAGCUGCUACUUAGAACACAGCACCUGGUGCGGGCCAGGUGCCCGACACCUGUUGGUUUCCUUCCGUUUGGAUCAUGUCAUGAUAUGCAGAAAUACCCUUCCUGUAGCUUUUAUAGUAAUUUGUUUUUCAAAGACAAUGUCCCAGUCCUCACCCAUGGUUUUAAAAAAGCAUUGCUAGACAUAGACUAGGUGCUCAGUGUAUGCUCAGUAAAUGUUUAUUGAUUGAGUGAAAGGGAACCUGCUUAAAAUACUGGAUUUUCAUCUUAUUCUGGUCUGAAAUCCAGGAAAUCUCAGCAGUGCGUUGGGAAAAUACAAAAAAGCUCUGAAGCUAACCUAUAAAAUCUUACCCUAACCUAUUAAGGGCAAUUUGCUUCCAAUUUGGGCAAAGACCCAAGGUAGAUGAUGGAGUUCGGGAAUUUGUAGGGUAAAAGCUCCUUCAUAACCCUUCCAAAAGGCGAAGUUGUGGGCCAGUGCAACACGCCUUCCCUCCUGUCGGCAGUGAUAUGCAUUUAUAUAUCGUGGGUGGAUAUCCUUGGCUGGUUUUUAAAUUUAUUGUUUUACAUUUGCAUAAAGAUGUUAAUCUUACCUUGCAGUUAUUGACUUUUAUAUUCAGUUAUUUACAUCAAAUAAUCAAAUAACUGAAAUGUACAGAUGUCAAAUUUUGGAAGUAUAUUUAAUACCAGUGCCGUAUGAGUGGACCGGAUCUGAUUUGUCAGAUUUUUUUUUAAGAAGUGAGACCACACAGUUCUAGUUACCUGCGUGUUCUUCCUUGUCACCCGUAUAGAUAGAGAUCUCUUUGGCUUUUCAGAGAGGCACAGAGACAAUAUGUGUAGAAGUCAGUCCCAGUGAAUUUUACUUGAAUAUUGUGUAUUACAUUCCACCCUCUUUGAAAAUAACGAAACCAUGUACCACUGUUUACAAUGGCCAUAGUCAUUGCACAGAUCAUAUAUUUAAUUAACAGAGAUUAUGUUGCAAGUCUGUAGAUGUUUAACGAUAUAUACAGUCAGCCCUCUGUAUCUGCGGGUUCCACAUUCGUGAAUCCAACCAACUGCAGAUUGAAAAUGUUUAAAAACAAACAAUGAAAAAGAAUACAAAUUUAAAAACCAAUAUAGUGUAACAACCAUUUAUAUGGCACUUGCAUUGUUUUAUGUAUUAUAAGUCCUGUAGAGAUGACUUAAAGUAUACUAGAGGAUGUGCCUAGGUUAUAUGCAAAUACUGUGCCCUUUUAUAUCAGAAACUUGAGCAUCCUCGGAUAUUGGUAUCCCAGGGGCGUCCUGGACCAAUCCCCAGCAGAGUAACGGCUGCACAAGGCAGUUGUUUCAUUGAGUGUAGUUCGUUAUAAUUCAGAAAUUUGCAAGUGAAAUAUAGAGACCAUUUAGGUUUGACAGAUUUUUUUUUUUUCUUUCUCCCUGACAAUGUGACCAGACUGGAAUUCCUCAUAAAGAAAAAGUGGUGUGCCUUGUGUCUGCGUUUCUCUUUUCUCGGAAAGGAUUCGUGGAAUCUGAAGCUUUUUUGGCCACCCGGAACCUUCCCUGAGGCCACCAGAAUCUUCUCGUUUGGAUUUUCUGUCUUAAACUGGUUGAAGCAAAUGGGUUUCCCCAUGACAUUCCCAAGAGAGGAUUCUGUUGCCCUCAGUGCUUCUCUUUAAAAAAGUGGUAAAAGGCUGGAAUUCAGGGCAGAUCUCCACGAGGUGCUUGAAGGGCACUUAACCCCAGCUCGUCUUUGAAGUCCCCACCCUGGCUAGUCUGUAGCUCCGUGUCGGAAUGGGUGGAGCCUUCAGCAAAAAGUGAGCAGCUGGCAGGCAGAUGGAUGAGCCCCCUGAACCUUGCACACGCCAGGAAGACGUGAGCAAAGCAUAGUCGUACAGUGGAGUGGUUGUGACAAUGAACUUAGAAAUGUGUCUUCUUAAAAACAUUGUUUUUUUGACUCUUCAGCCUCUUAAUGCUUUUAUAGAGAAAUAUUAACUGUAUAGUUUAAUCAUGGUUUAUAAAAAAAAAAAAAAAAGAACAAAUGAACCAAGAUUAGCAAUCCUUGCUGAUCUUGUAGAAAUACCUUUCCUGGAGGGAAAAAAAAAAUCCACAUGAAGUGCAAUAAGCUUGUAAAGGUAAAUAGGUGUCAAUGUUUCUGUUGGCGUGGCAUAAAGAAUUAUGAUGUGACUAUUUACUGGCUGGCAGUUUUAUUUCAGUAUUAGCACAGUGUCUUGCCAGUGUUGGGGUCAAUGUAUUAUCUCAUUUCAACUGGAUGAAAUGUUAAAUAAACUCAGAAUGAAAACAGA